AGCUCCGGAGUGGUCUCCGCAGCCAGCGCUAACCCUUCCUUCCAGAUGACAAUCUGUCGGGCACGAGCGGCAUGGAGGUGGACGACCGCGUGUCGGCGCUGGAGCAGCGGCUGCAGCUGCAGGAAGACGAGCUGGCGGUCCUAAAGGCGGCGCUGGCUGACGCGCUGCGUCGCCUGAGGGCGUGCGAAGAGCAGGGCGCUGCGCUGCGCGCGAGGGGCACCCCCAAGGGCCGGGCGCCUCCACGCUUAGGCACCACGGCCUCAGUGUGCCAGCUCUUGAAAGGCCUUCCCACCAGGACCCCCCUCAAUGGCGCGGGACCCCCGAGGCGCGUGGGCGGCUAUGCCACCUCUCCAUCCUCCCCCAAGAAGGAGGCGACCUCUGGGCGCAGCGCCCGCCGCUGCUUGUCACCAGAGCGCCUGGCUUCGGUGCGCCGCGAGGACCCCCGCAGCCGCACCACAUCUUCUAGCAGCAACUGCAGCGCCAAAAAGGAAGGCAAAACCAAAGAAGUUAUCUUCAGCAUGGAGGAGGGCUCCGUGAAAAUGUUCCUGAGGGGGCGCCCUGUGCCAAUGCUGAUUCCCACCGAGCUGGCGCCCACCUACAGCCUCGACGCGCGCUCUGAGCUGCCUUCCAGCCGGCUCAAGCUGGACUGGGUGUAUCCUUUUGCUGUAAUCCCUUCCUCCCUGCCCCUCAUCCCCCAGUCUGGAAGAGACAAACACCCUUCUGGUAGGGGACUUCUGCGGGAGAGAGGGUCUUUGCAGUGGAUCACACUUGCAGACCCCUGUGGCCUCAGGGGUCAGGAUGACCCUGGGGUCAGGGCGGUGCCGAGGAAAGCAGGUUAGUUGAAAUGACCUUUUUACGAUGCACUAAAGUAGCAGAUGUUUGCUGAGGGCCUUCCAUAUGUCAGAUUCUCCUCUACAGUCCCGCCCUGGUCACUUGGGGCUCACCUUCUAAAGGAGAAGAGAGAGACGAUAACAGAAGCCAGUGAUUAAAUAAACACGGUGAUUCCAGCCAAGUAAUAAAUGCUGGGAACACAGGAACCUAAAGUCAUGUGGGAAGAGUCACUGUGUUUCUCUGAGGAGGGGGCAUUUGAGCUGUGAGUUGAACAGCCAGCAUAGGAAGAGCUAGAAGGAGAAUGUUCCAGACGGAGGGCAUGGCAGGUUUGAGGGCUCUGUGGCCGGAGUGACCUAGGUGUAUCUGAGAAACAGAAGGAGUUGGAAAUGGUUAAGGGCCCCGUCUUUGGAGCCUGGCAGACCUGGAUUGAAACCCCAGCCCAGCUGGGCUGUGUGAUCCUGGACAAAUCACCUCGCCUCUCUGUGCCUCAGCCGCGUCCUCUGAAGAAUGGGUUUCAGGAUUUCAGAUUCAUAGAGCCGGGAAAGGAGGUAUAAAGGUGCUGAGCUCAUGACGUGUGCCCCACAAACAGGAACUGAUCAAAGAAUAACUGCUCAUUAUUGAGGACUUAGAUGCCAGGCGCCAUUCUAAAUUGUUUUAUGUGUAAAUACGGCGAAUGAUAACAAUCCUUCUCUUUUGUAGCAUUGAGAGUGUAUUUGUACAACCCGUGGCCUCCUAGAGCCCUCUGACGCCUGCAGCUCGGGAAUUACUGCCUUCACUGUCUGGACGACAAAGCUGAGUCCAAAGGAAAGGACUGAGCCUUGUCCUCGGGAGUCAGACCAGUUCUGGGGCGAGAACUCUUGCCUCCGUGGCCCACGCUUUUUCCAGAUCAGCAGCCUAGGGACCCAGGCCCCGUCCUCUUCUUUCGGCCUUGAUUUCCGCUCUAGUGGAGGCAGGGAUGUUGGAGCCCAGAGUCUUUUCGAGAGAGCCGGAAACAUCUAUGAGAAUCAAAGCACCCUAAGCUGUUAUGCCAGGUGGGGUCAGCUGAGACUGCAAAACUCAGUGUGGGCCUCGGAUGCCCCAUCUCCGAAAUGACUGCAGGGCGGGACCAUUUCUGUGGGGUCGAGACCCGUAUGGCAGCAUUCGUUCAGAUAUUUUCUGAACAUCUGGGGCCACGAGCUGGGCACCCAGGGAUCAUCAUGACAGCCUGCCUUCCUAGGGCCCCUAGUCGAGUGUGGGGACAGACUCUUUGAUAGUGAUAACCCACAGUGAGCAGGGCUGGGAUGGGGGAACCCAGAAGGGCAACUGCCCCAGCCCUGGGGGUCACGGAGGGCUUUCCAGAGGAGGAGUUAUAGGAGUGAAUGAAACAGCCCAGUCUUGGCCACCUGGGAGCACACAGCCUCAUUGGGAAAUAGCGACAGUUAACAAAUUAACCAGGUAAUUAUUAAGUGACAUGAGGCCGGUGAAGGAGGUGAGCAUGAGGGCAGCUCUGAGGAGGUGACCAGGUAGAAUGUACUAGGCAGAGGAAAAGGCUAGUGCCAAGGCCUGGACUAAAGAUCUUGGCAUUUUGAGGAACUCCAAGAUCAGAGAGCACAGGAGGGCAGAAGCCCUACUGGGGCCAGGAAGGGGCCAGGCAGGCCAGUGGGAGGAGCCAUAGAAAGUUCUGAACAGGGGAGGGUCAGCCAUUCCUUCAUCAGAUACUGAAUUCCUAUGUCUGUUCAGUCCCAGGCCCUGGACUCCAGGGAUAGAGCAGUGAACAAAAUGGACAAAGAUCCCUGCCCUCCCGGAGCAGAUACUCUAGUUGGGGAGACAGUUAAGCCGUGUUAUACCAAGUUAAACCGUG